CUCAUUAUAAACGGGCCGAGGCAGGCUCUGGGUAAUCACCCCGCUGCUGCAUAACCAACCUGUCCGAGCCCUGCUGCUAUAAAACCAGGCCAAAUGGAGCCAGGAGGAGAAAAGCGGCCACAAGACGACGGGAAAGGGACCGACCGACAGCAGGAAGGAAGUGAGAAAUGGCUUUGGGAAGAACCAGCGGCAGCAGCGUUUUCAUCACAGUCCUGUACAUGCUGGCGACGUGCAGAGCGGUGCCCAUCAGCGACCUGCUGGACCGAGCCUCCCAGCGCUCCGACAAGCUGCACUCUCUCAGCACCAUGCUCAUCCGGGACAUGGACUCCCACUUCCCUCCCAGGGUGUUCAUGGAGCGGCCCUCGAUGUGCCACACGUCCGUGCUGCCGACGCCCAACGACAAAGAGCAAGCCCUGCUGGUGCCCGAGCCAGCUCUGAUGUCGCUGGCUCGCUCUCUGCUCCAAGCCUGGGCCGAGCCUCUCUCCAUCCUGUCCAGUAACGCCAACACCCUGCCUCACCCGGCCAAGAGCAGCAUCUCCAGCAGGAUCCAGGAGCUGCAGGAGUACUCCAAAAGUCUGGGGGACGGUCUGGAUAUCCUGUCUGGAAAGAUGGGCCCAGACGCUCAGGUCAUCUCCAUGCUGCCCUACCACGGGGGCACCGACCUGGGCCAGGACAGGAUCACCAAACUGACCAAGUUCAACUUCCUGCUGUCCUGCCUCCGCCGGGACUCGCACAAGAUCGACAGCUUCCUGAAGGUCCUGCGCUGCCGAGCGGCGAAGAUGCAGCCGGAGUUGUGCUGAAAGCCGCUCGACGCUGGGAAGCUGAGCACCAGGACGUCCUGGACCUCUUCUAUCUCCACGUUAGUUUGUAGGUAGAGCUUUAGAGGAAGGGAGGAGGAGGAGUCCGCCGGAGUGGGAAGCGCUUGACCUCUUUAAUAAUCCCAGACAAAGGUCACGGAUCUCUAGAGAAUAAAGCAGAAAACAACCCAACACCUGAUUUCCUGUUUGGGAAGUUUUAGGAUGAUUUUUUUAUGAAUUUGAAUCAUUUCAAGAAAAAUAAUCUGGCCAUCCUGUGAUUAUUGAUUGUGGUAAUCUGUAAUCCCACUCCUCCUCAUCCUCACCUUGGCUGGCGCCCACAGGAAACAGGACUUCUCCUCUUCCUCACCGACACUCUGCAGGAUUUGCACUUUACAGCCUUUCUGUAAAACCUGUUCAACAAAAACAAUAAAAUAAUGUUCAAGCACUC